AUGGUUUCCACUACUGUUCUUGAGGAUGUCGGCAGCUCGCAGGAACCUUGGAAGAUAGUCCACAAGGCAAGCUUUAUGGCAGAUCAGAAGGGGAUUGCCUUCGCUGCUGUUACUAUCUCGUCGGCGAACCAAUUAGUGACACCGGAACAUCUUGAAGCCAGUGAAAUGAACAAUGUAUUAGAUUCACCCGAGGCUGCAAUUUCCGCAGAGUUUGGGGUUCUGAGCGAGGUUUAA